UUAUCAAGUCACAAGGGAAUUGGAUUUGGAUAGUGGUAGAGAUUAUGAUUUAUUGGAACACAAAAGCUGCCAAAUGUUAAAAGGCGAUGACUUAACUUACACGAACAUGGCAACUCAUGAAAUAGAAACAACGACGAAUAUACCAAUAAAUAAAAGGCAAUAUAGAAUGCCAGAGUCCACAAAAAGGCACAUUGAUGAACAAAUUGAUGAGAUGCUGAAAUUAAAGAUAAUCAAACCAAGCAAGAGUCCGUGGAAUGCUCCAGUUUUAUGUGUGCCCAAAAAGGAUGACGCUAAUGGUAACAAGCGAUAUCGAAUUGUAGUAGAUUUCAGAGCACUAAAUACGAUAACAAAACAAUAUGUGUUUCCGAUUCCACUAAUCAAUGAAAUUUUAGAUAACAUUGGAGAUAGCCAAUAUUUUUCUUCAAUCGAUCUUAAGUCAGGAUUCUAUCAAAUUCCUAUUAACCCAAAAGAUGCUUCUAAAACAGCAUUUUCAACAUCUAAGGGACACUUUGAAUUCAAUCGCAUGCCAAUGGGUUUGAAAAACAGUCCAUCAACUUUUCAAAAAUUAAUGAAUACAAUUUUAUACGAAAUUCAACCAGUCAAAGCUUUUGUGUAUCUGGAUGAUAUUGUUAUUUUUGGAAAAACAAUUCAGGAACAUAAUGAGAAUUUAUGUAAAGUUCUAGAAGCUCUUAAAAGGAAUAAUUUGAAAAUAGAGCCUGAGAAAUGCAAUAUUCUCAAAACAGAGAUAAAAUACUUAGGCCAUAUCAUUGAUAAGAAUGGAAUUAGACCUACAGAUGAGAAUAUUAAAACUAUUCAGAAGAUGGAAAAACCAAAAACAAUUAAAGGUGUUCGAUCAUUUUUAGGAACGGUAAAUUUUUAUGGAAAAUUCAUUCCUAAUAUGGCAGAUAAGCGGAAACCGUUGAACAAUCUGCUUAAGAAAAAUGUAAAAUUUAGAUGGACGGACGAAUGUGAUGUAGCAUUCAAUCAGUUAAAAGAAUGUUUAAUAUCGGAACCAAUAUUAGUGCGUCCAAAUUAUCAGGAUACUUUCGUUAUUACCACAGAUGCGAGUGACUAUGCUAUUGGAGCAGUUCUCUCAAAUGAGAAAACAACUGAUCAUCCAAUUGCUUAUGCGAGUAGAGCAUUAAUUGGAGCCGAGCUUCGGUACUAUAUAAUUGAAAAAGAAUUGCUUGCAAUUGUAUGGGCUAUUGAAUAUUUUAAACAUUUUGUUUUCAAUCAAAAAUUUAUUGUGUACACGGAUCAUAGACCAUUAAUUGCCAUAUGGAGACUAAAAGAAAAUUCUUCAACCCUUUCUAAACUAAGGUUGAAAAUCCAGGGACUAAAUUGUGAAAUCAGAUACAAGCAAGGUAAAGAAAAUGUCGUGGCAGAUUUCUUAUCCAGGCUUGAACAGCCAAAAGUUGAGAAGGAAACCAAUUCUCAACAAUACAAUGAUGAAGAAGCACCAAAACAAGAGUCUAAUUUAAUUGGAGUUUUGACACGAUUCCAAAAGAGAUGCCAAAACCAGAAUAGUAUUGUUCAUCCUCCAACACAAUUAUCAGAAAACAAAUGUGAUGCAGAGAAGCCUGAUGACAAAGAAAAAUCUGAUGAUAAUCAAAAUCAAAACCAGAUGCAAAGCAAUGACGAUGAUACGGCAUUUAACGACCUAAUGAACAUUGAUAUUAAUUUUGAUGAUUCAUUAGAGGUGGAGCAAAAUAAAGAUGAGGAAGAAAUUUUUGACUCAGAAGUUGAUUAUAAUUUGCUCAAAUUUAAUAAAAAUAAAAUGAAAUUGAACGAGGUGGAUGCUACAAUAGCAAUUCUAAAUAGCAGAACUGCAUUCAAAGAGUUGCAGGAAUUAAUUGAUCUACCACAUGGAUUUAAAGAUUUUCUUUCAGGCGAAGUAAUUUCCAUGCCAAAAGAUAAGAUAUGGGGAAUUAUACUAAAUGGUUCUAAACAAUCUGCUUUAGAAUCUAGAAAGUUAUUCAAUACUUUGAGAAAUAUCCUACGAAAUAAUGUGGAUUUUUCCAAUUCUGGUACUAAUAUUCAAAUAAUCUCUUUCAGAAAAAUAAAAUCGUCGCAAGAUUUUGACAUAUUAUGCCAUAUUGCAAAAAAGUUUAAUAAAGUUUUUCAUUUGUAUAGUUCUGAUUCAGACAGAAUGUUUGUGGAACCAGAAAAUAGAGCAACAGUCCUGAAAGAAUUCCAUGAUGCCCCACUUGGAGGACAUGUUGGAAGCGAAAGAAUGCUUAAACGUUUAAGACCAUUAUUUAUUUGGGAAAAUAUGAAAAGAGAUAUUCAAAACUAUGUUAGACAAUGCGACUCAUGCCAGAAAAAUAAAAUAUGGCCGGCGAAUCGAAUACCAAUGAAAAUUACAACAACUUCAGAAGAACCAUUUCAGAAAAUCUAUAUGGAUAUUGUGGUUUUACCAGUGUCCGAAGAAAAUAAUAGGUAUGGUUUAGUAAUACAAGAUGAUUUGACAAGAUUUUUAACAGUGGUGCCAAUGAAAAAUCAGGAAAGUUACACAGUUGCGAAAGCAUUUGUUGAAAAUUUUAUUUGUCGUUUCGGUACUCCAUUAGAAUUAGUCACCGAUAACGGUUCAAACUUUGUAAGUUCAUUAAUGAAAAAUGUGUGCAAAAUUUUAAAAAUUAAAAAGAUUACUACGAGUGCAUAUCAUCCACAAGCUAAUUUAGUAGAACGAUCGAACCGGGAAUUGAAAAUUUACCUAAGACAGUACAUUGUAAGUAAUCCGUUAAUUUGGGACGAAUUACUACCAUUUUUUUCGUUCGAGUAUAAUACGACAAUCAAUUCUUCGACAGGCUAUUCCCCGUAUGAAUUACUUUACGGGAGAAAAGCGAGAAUCCCAAAUUCAGUUUAUUGUUCAAAUAACAAUGAACUAAAUUAUGCAGACUACUCAGAAGAAUUGAAAGCAAACUUCAAAAAUGUUCAUGGCAAGGCCAAAGAAAAUCUUGUUGCUUCUAAAAUUACACGAAAAGAAAGUUACGACCGACAGACUAAUAAUUGGCAGCCGAUGUGGGGAGAAUUAGUUUUAGUAAAAACCAACCCAAUUGGAGCAGGAAAAAAACUGCAAGAAUUGUGGAAAGGCCCGUAUGAAGUUGUAGACCUGCCGAGUGAGCAAACCACAAUAAUAAAAAAUGGGAAAAAAUUAGAAAAAAUACACAAUAAUCGUUUGCGAAAAUAUAACGAUUAGGCAUUCAUAUUUUAAAAUUUGAAAAUCUAACCCAAUAUAGACAUACCCAUAGCAUAAAACUGAAGUAAAUUACGUAAUGAAAGAUAAUUGUAUAAUAAAAAUAUCGUUGUAGAAUUAAUUUGAUUGACUGAUUUGUCUUUAUUGUAGUGUACGUUCAAGAUGCAAACGGUGCCCAAAUGCGCUUCAAACGCGGUAACACAGUGUUACCAAAGGCAACUUAGCAACCAUAGUCAAUAUCACCAACCUAGGUUUCAAAUGCUCCCGCUGACAUCGGGUUACUUGUUAGAAAACCUUACCGCAUUUGGUGCUCCCGCAUUUGAUAUUUGCAUUUUGAAGGCACACAGCAAUAUUAAAGAGACUUUCAGCCCUUGGCUGGUUCGUCUUUAUCCUAAACAAUUGCAGAAAUAACUAUAUUAUAUUAAAAAAAAAAAAAAAAAAAAAAAAAAAAAACCAAA